AUGAAAGCCAACAUCAUGAGCUAAGCCAAGUAGUUUGUCAUAAAGAUGCUUCCGUAGUUCUGCAUGCUGUUAGGAUCCCGGCGCAGCAUCGUCACGUCCCGUCAGAAACAUCUUAACCCAUUCUAAGACAUUUCAAUCGCUUAUCGCCAGGAAUUAUUCACCUUUGUGCCGGAAUUGAAAGCCGCAUUCUUUGUUUUUAGGUUUCGAUUGUCGCGGUUUAGCUAGCAGGCCGGUGUUAGCAAGCUAGCAGGCUAGCACGCUACAGCUAACUCACCUCAGCGUCGCAAGCCGACAUUUGUGUGAGCCAAAGUCCGCGUUUGGGCUUUUUCUUUACAGGGGACGCGAAUCACCGACGCAGCGGCACAAUGAACGUGGCGAAAAGUGGAUACCGAGUUUUCUCCGCUAACUCCUCCGCAGCUUGCACACAGCUGGCUAAGAAGAUAACUGAGCGACUAGGAGUUGAGCUGGGAAAGUCUGUGGUCUUUCAAGAGUCGAAUAGUGAGACGAGAGUGGAUGUGAAAGAAUCCGUCCGUGGACAAACUAUUUUCAUCAUCCAGACCAUCCCAAGAGAUGUCAACACUGCCAUCAUGGAGCUGCUGGUCAUGGCCUACGCCCUCAAGACUUCCUGUGCAAAGAACAUCAUCGGGGUGAUUCCGUACUUCCCCUACAGCAAGCAGUGCAAGAUGAGAAAGAGGGGCUCCAUAGUGUGCAAGUUGUUAGCGUCAAUGUUGGCCAAAGCAGGACUCACGCACAUUAUCACCAUGGACUUGCAUCAGAAGGAAAUCCAGGGCUUCUUUUCUUUCCCGGUGGACAACUUGCGGGCCUCCCCAUUCCUGAUCCAGUACAUCCAAGAGGAGAUUCCGGAUUACAGAAACGCCAUAAUUGUGGCCAAAUCCCCAUCAGCAGCGAAGAGAGCUCAGUCCUACGCAGAGCGUUUGCGCCUAGGCCUGGCUGUGAUUCACGGCGAGGCUCAGUGUUCCGAAUCUGACAUGGCCGAUGGAAGACACUCCCCACCAUGUGUGCGCAACACCACAGGACACACCGGACUGGAGCUACCCUCAGGCAAACAACAAGCUCCGUUCCCUGGCAUAGAGCUUCCAAUGAUGAUGGCCAAGGAGAAACCGCCCAUUACCGUUGUUGGAGAUGUGGGGGGGCGAAUUGCCAUCAUUGUGGACGACAUCAUAGAUGAUGUUGGAGACUUUGUCGCCGCCGCUGAGAUUCUGAAAGAGAGAGGCGCUUAUAAAAUCUACAUCAUGGCCACACACGGGUUACUUUCCGCCGAUGCUCCACGCCUCAUAGAGGAAUCUGCCAUAGACGAGGUGGUGGUGACCAACACAGUGCCCCACGAGGUGCAGAAGCUCCAGUGUCCAAAGAUCAAGACGGUGGACGUCAGCAUGAUCCUGGCCGAGGCCAUCCGCCGCAUCCACAAUGGCGAGUCCAUGGCCUACUUGUUCCGCAACAUCGCAGUGGACGACUAGGACACAAACAAAACGCUCGCCAUCUUCCAUGAAGACAUUUUCCACCUUAUACCCAGGUAUUUUUUCCCCUUGCUCCAGGGUUUGUAAAACAUGUAUAUCCACACCAGUCAUGUUGAAAAGGUGCAUGGUGUAGAUGUGCUUCUCCGUGUAUGCCUGAGCAGCAGGUGGCGCUGUAACACCUCUGGAAAAGGCCACGCAAAAUAUUAUAGACUGAUGAGUGGCUGUUUGGCAAGCUGGACUGAUGUGAGUGUCAAACAUUGGGAAUCGCUACUGCAUCGUGACCAUGUAUUGGCUUUGACGAACUUGUGAAGGUACUUUACAUGGAAUUGACUGAGAAGUAGCAAGAUGUUAUGUUUGCCUUGGCUUAUUCAUGUGGUCUUGACUGUGCUCCACUGUGAUUGGCUGCCAUUUUACCCAGUCUUGUUUCCCCACUCCUGCUCGUCGCCAUGCAAACUUGUCACUUUUUUGUUAACAUUGUAAUGUUUGGAUUGUCACGCGGGGAGAAACAGUUCAACAAAGAUGUAUAUUUUAAAAGGAGUUGAAACUCCAAUGUUGAACAAUUACAAUGUAAUUUUGAUUAAAUCACCCAGCUGUGAUAUCAUCUUUCACCGUUAGUUUUCUUACCAUCAGUUUAGUGUCCCGAUUCCAUAUUGAUAUCCGAUAUUGGCAAAAAAAACUAAAGUAAUGGAUGACAUCGGCUUGCAUCUAUAACCUGAGAUACAAGUAGUCCUGCAGCGUGUUUACUUGUGUGUGAUAUCAUGUGCGAUACAAGCAGUCCUGCGGCGUGUUUACUUGUGUGUGAUAUACAAGCAGUCCUGCAGAUUGUUUACUUGUGUGUGAUAUAAUGUGCCAUACAAGCAGUCCUGCAGUGUGUUAAUGUGCGAUAAAAGCAGUCCUGCAGAGUGUUUACUUGCCUGUGAUAUCAUAUGCGAUAAAAGCAACCCUGCAGUGUGUUUACUUGUGUGUGAUAUCAUGUGAUACAAGCAGUCCUGCAGAGUAUUUACUUGUGUGUGAUAUCAUGUGCCACACAAGCAGUCCUGCAGCGUGUUUGUGUGUGAAAUCAUGUGCGAUACAAGCAGUCCUAUGGAGUGUUUACUUGUUGGUGAUAUCAUGUGCGAUACAAGCAGCCCUGUGGUGUGUUUACACGUGUGUGUUAUCAUGUGCGAUACAAGCAGUCCUGCAGAGUGUUUGCUGGUGUGUGAUAUCAUAUGCGACACAAGCAGUCCUGUGUCAUGUUUACUUGUGUAUGAUAUCAUGUGCGAUACAAGCAACCCUGCAGAGUGUUUACUUGUCUGUGAUAUCAUUUGCGAUAAAAGCAAUCCUGCAGUGUGUUUACUUGUGUGUUUGUUAUAUCAUGUGCGAUACUAUCAGUCAUGUAGAGUGUUUACUGAUGUGUGAUACCAUAUACAAGCACUCCUGCAGAGUGUUUACUUGUGUGUGAUACAAGCUGUCCUGCAGGAUGUUUACUUGCGUGUGAUAUCAUGUGCGAUACAAGCAGUCCUGCAGAGUUUUUACUUGUGCAAAGCUGGACAGCCAGUUAACAUCUCAAUGUCCUUUUAACAAGCACCCAAUUUCUUCUAUUUUUACUAAAUUAAUUUACAAAAAUUAAACAUCCUAGGCACAAGCAGCUACACAGCAGCUAAGCACACAAUUGCACACAAGCUAGACAUAGGUAAUAAUAAUUAAACAAUAUUACAAUUUAAAACAGUACAUUUGGUAAAAAAACAAGUAUUAAAUAAUUAUAAUAGCAUAUUAGUCUCUAUAGAAAGUGUAUUAGAAAGGAUCCAGUAACAAAAGUGUCCGCAUCAUUCAACUUACUGCGGCAUGAGCUUAACUUAGUUAUUGCGACCACGAGGUGUCACCAAACAAAAUAAUUACCACGUCUCUUUAGAUGAAGUCCAUUCCAGACAGUUAAUAAUAAACAUCUUAUCUUUUUUUUUACCUACCAAAUUUCAAACUUGUCUAACAUUUCAUGCUUCAAGAUAAUAAAAGUGUGUAUGAGUCGUGCUGAUAUCACAUCAAAUCACUGUCUGUAUCAGCCAAUACUCGAUAGUCCAAUAUCGGAAUCGGAAGUGAGCACUCCUAGUCUUUAGCAUCAAGGCUGCCGGUGUGUGGAUCUGUUAGCAUGUAGUUUUACCUUCCAAAUGUUGUUUUCAGAAGUCGUCUGAAUUUUUUUUCUCAAUGUUUAAUGUUGAAGCUUUUUUUUUUCUUUCAAAAGGUUAAGUGAAAAGAGUUUAGAUUGUGUGGAAGCUACUUUGAAGAAAGUCCCCCAGUGUGACAGCAUUUUACCUAGUUAGCAGUUGUGUCUGUGUAUAUGACGAUGAAUAAAAAUAAAGGCCCAGGAAUGAAAUAUGCACCAUUAACUUUUCAUCUACCUCCAUUUGUCUUAAUGCUGAAUAAGUUGAAAAAAAAAAAAAAGCAUUGCAAAUGUUAGCGUGCUAAGAGGCUAACGUUAAAACGUGGAUUAGCAUUUAGCUAGCUUAGGUUGAGCUGGCAUGUUGGGAGUGAGCGUGAUGAAGACAGACAGCCGCCGCGUGCCUAGAAGAUACAAAAUGAUCUUGAUGUUUGGUUAUGUUUCUUGGUGAUACAUGCAAUACCUUUAGAACACGUGCACCUUUUUGGAGCGACGCGGUAGUUGAGCGUAUUUUUGUGCUUGAUCAGCCCUUUUGCUCAGGGAAAUAUACUUUUUAAACAAGUGCAAAUGUAUUGUUGUCAUGUUCCUGAAAGUUGUUUACCUUUUCCCAUUUAGUCGAUUUAGUUAUCAGUGAAUUAUUUCUCCUGCGCUCGCAGACAGCUGCUGUCACUUAAUGAAGUCUAUGCUCCCUUUCCCCCUCAAGUCUUUGACAAUGUCCAUGAAAUUAAAGAAAUUGUUGCCCUUUGUUGUGCUAAA